AUGCGAAAAGACCUAGGUCCCCUCGGGACGCUGUUCGAUACGGAGCCUCGCGAAACGCUCGGCGCACCAGACAUGCCUUCAGCGCCUCAAUUAUCGCACGCCAAAGCAUACGCCUUCCGGCUGCCAUCAGCUAAGCCGCCACCAUUCGACGCCGCAAACAAAGGUCGAUCGCGCCGGGCAUCGUCCGCCGACUACGGUUGUGCGUUCCUACAGCCGAAUGACAACGUAACGAGCAAGCAGCCACCCACUGGCUCGCGCCACAGCGGGACGCCGCCACCAAUGCGGCGCAUGGUAUAUUCAGUCCCGAAUGACAACUUUGUAGCCACAUACAAGUCGUCUCGCGAAGCAUCAAAAGGAAGCCCCGAUCGAUCCCAGCACAAUGCAAGGGCAAGAGAGGCAACUUCUAGUACGCGAGACCUCGGACACCAGCACUCGGACGCUUCUCUCUCUGCAAGCGUCGAAGAACCGAGGCAUGUCUUGUAUGAAACAACGGGGAGCGGUACUCAUGCUGAGCCGACAUCGGCCAAGAACACGGUUGAAGGGCAUCGAAGCACCUCGUCAACGGGGGACAGCACGCAACAAGUCCAAUGGUCACUCGCAGUGCAACGCGUGCCCGCCAAUGCCAACAUCUGGAGCUCCGCGGGCCUGCUCCUCCCGCCACCGGGCAUCGGGCGCAGAAGUGCAAGCGCAGGCAGUCAAGACAGGCCCCAGGAACAGCGCCCGUCCGUCGCCCGCCCCUUCGACGACGAAGACAAGGAGAACCUGCAAGCGGCCGAGUCUGCCGAAUGGAACAAACUGUCCAGAGAGAUCUCUGCGGCCACCGCUCUGCCCGUUCGACGGAGGCUGGAGCCCGGCGAGUGGAAUGCGCCUCCGGUGCCGUCGCCCCUCACCUUCGGCGACGGACUCCCAGACACGACGAGGCUGCCUAGGCCGUCCUACUGCACGCCGCGCGACUAUAGGGGGAUGGAAUGGCCCUCCUAUGUGACAGUGGCCUUCAAGUCGCGUUGCAGGUGA